ACUCGCAUACGACAAAAGCUCUUCAAGUGGGAAAAAUCUGUUAGUCCACUCCCAAUUUUAUGACGAUUCUUGCAGUUUGCAAACGUCAAUUACCAACCCACUCUCCACCAUGUUCUUUUAUUCUGUUUAGAACUAUUUAGAAUUUUAGUUUACAGAAUAUGGCUGCGAGUCUUUCACCUACGCUAUAUGCAAUCUCAGUUUCGUCCACAAAUUGUAAAACCCCCACUUCUUUCGGCUUCCAAAACAUUUGCCGUUAUAAUCCGCACUCUUCCCAUCGAUUAAAAGCUACUGGAAAGUUGUUUCGAGUCCAAGCAACAGUUUUGCGAGAAAAUGAGGAGAAAGUGGUAGUAGAGGAAACAUUUCAACCCAAAACUAUUACUGAUGAGAAGAAAGGAGGAGGAGGUGGAAAGCCUCCGGAUGAUUCAUCAUCCAAUGCGUUGGAGAGAUGGGUUAUCAAGCUUGAACAAUCUGUCAAUGUCUUUCUCACGGAUUCAGUGAUAAAGAUUCUCGACGCUUUGUACCGCGACCGAGAUUAUGCAAGGUUCUUUGUGCUGGAAACUAUUGCAAGAGUUCCCUAUUUUGCUUUUAUAUCUGUUCUGCACAUGUAUGAGAGUUUUGGUUGGUGGAGAAGGGCAGAUUAUCUCAAAGUGCAUUUUGCUGAGAGCUGGAAUGAAAUGCACCAUUUACUUAUCAUGGAAGAAUUGGGGGGUAAUGAUUGGUGGUUUGAUCGGUUUCUUGCUCAACAUAUAGCGAUCAUCUAUUAUAUUAUGACAGUCUUUAUGUAUACAUUAAGUCCAAGAAUGGCUUAUCACUUUUCUGAAUGUGUAGAAAGCCAUGCAUACGAGACCUAUGACAAAUUUAUCAAAGCACAAGGAGAGGAGUUGAAAAAAUUGCCUGCUCCUGAAGUUGCUGUAAAAUACUACACUGGGGGUGACCUAUACUUGUUUGAUGAAUUUCAAACUUCCAGAGCACCCCAAUCUCGAAGGCCAGAAAUAAAUAAUUUGUAUGAUGUGUUUUUGAACAUCAGAGAUGAUGAAGCUGAACACUGUAAGACCAUGAAGGCUUGUCAGAUUCAUGGAAACCUGCGCUCCCCUCAUUCAUAUGUUGAAGAUGCUUUGGAGGAUGUGUCAGAUUGUGUCCUUCCUCAAGCAGAUUGUGAAGGGAUUGUUGAUUGUAUAAAGAAAUCUCUAACAUCUCCUCCAUCAAAACAAGACAUUGGAGGGAAAAACAAAUAACUUAUCUGAGUUCAUUAAUACUAAUAAACAGAAUGGAUCCUAUUUCCUAUAUAUUAUCCUUUUAUUCAAGGCUUCAAUAAAUUCUUGUCAUGUCGAAGUUUGUAUUUUGUGGUACAAAAUCUGUCCAUGUCAAUGUAACAUAAGGAUGUUAUUCUAAAUGAAGUUCAGCAUAACAAUAACGGAUGCUAACCAAGAGCCCAAGUUUCCCUCCAGAAUCCGCCCCAAUAUCCUCUCCUCCAUCAAUUGCUCUUUCCCGCUUUUCAAACUUUUGGGGGCCAACAGCAAUGAAACUCGAUCUUUUUGAUGGCGAGAUUUUCACGUUCAUUGAACCCUUGCUGCGAGAUAAUCCGCCUCUGGCCAACUAUCCUGCCAUUGUAGCAGAUGCUGAGAAUGACUGAGACAUAGAGGACCUGUUUGUGCCACCUCUGAACUGCACCAUGGUCGAUAUUGGCAUCUUCAGGUCUGGUUUUCCGGAUUCUGCCAACUUCAGCUUCUUGCAAUCCCUUGGUCUCUGUUCUAUCAUGUAAGUAAAUAUUGUACCAGACGAAACAAAUGAUCAGUAUUUUAAACUAUAGUUAUUCAUCAUGCGAUUUCAAA